UUGGUUUUUCUUUGCUAGUCGUCGGCUUUCACCAUCACCACUCAAAAAUAUAUUCCCUCGCCACAUGUUUAUACUUUUUUAUAUAAAUAAAAUUAAAAAAAUACCUUUACUUUAUGACUAUAAAUGAAGUGAUACCAUUCUACUAAAAAAGUGAACUAAAAAAAAACUAAUGAAAAUUUAUUUGUACCUUAUUUAAAUAACAAAAAAAAAAAACAAAAGCAAUCAAUUGUUAAUAAUGUCGCACAGGGAGCAGCAACAGUUGUUAACUGGGAAUCAGCCCUUACCACAAAUUAUCAAAAAUGGCACUGACAACAGUGAAAGAUCUCCAUUCCUUACAGACCGUAACAAGCCUGUAUCUCUCACACCAUCGUGGGAGCAAAGGAACCUACCAAAUGAUGAGCUUAAUUUUAAGGGUAUGACAAUGGAUAGGGCUAAAAUGGAAAUUAGCCCGCCUUAUGAUAAAUGGAAAUUGGUGUUUCUUAUAUUUAUGUUGCAUGGCCUUGGAACCCUAAUGCCUUGGAAUAUGUUUAUCACAGCUAAAGGUUACUUUGUAGAUUUUAAACUAAAUUCGACACUAACAACAGGUGAAGACAGCGCCUAUUCGACUAAUUUUUUGGCCUAUAUUGGCUUUGCUUCACAAAUUCCAAAUGUGGUAUUUAAUUGGUUGAAUGUUUUUGUAAAUAUGGGUGGAGACUUGACGAAACGUAUUGUUUGGAGUAUCCUAAUAGAAAUCUGUGUCUUCAUUGUGACCGUGGUGCUAGCGAUGUUAGAUUCAUCGAGUUGGCCUGGUGCUUUCUUUUGGAUAACAAUGCUUUGUGUUGUUAUACUUAACAUGGCUAAUGGAAUUUACCAGAAUACCGUUUUUGGUAUGGUUGCAACACUGCCAAUCAAAUAUACUGGAGCCGUUGUCCUUGGCUCGAAUAUAAGUGGACUUUUUGCAACAGUUAUAUCAAUUUGUAGUUCACUGAUUUUUAAUUCACAAAGAACAGCCGCUAUUUAUUAUUUUAUAACAGCAAUGUUCGUCCUGCUAGUAUGUUUUGAUACAUAUUUUGCACUGCCACUAAAUAGAUUCUUUAGGUACAAUGAACUAAUGAGAGAAAAAGAGACUAAUCAAGUUUCAUUAGACGAUAAGAGUAAAACACCAUAUUGGACUAUUUUCAAAAAGGCAUCUCCACAACUGUUUAAUGUAUUUUUUGUGUUUUUCGUUACAUUAGCAGUUUUUCCAGCCGUUCAUUCAGAUGUGCAACGAAUGGACAAAGAUUUUUUCAUUCCUGAGAAUUUGUUCACUGCGAUAACAUGUUUCUUGACGUUUAACUUUUUUGCCAUGCUUGGAAGCUCAUUAACGUCCUGGGUCCAAUGGCCAACACCAAGAUAUCUUUGGAUUCCUGUUGUAUUAAGAGUGGUGUUCCUGCCAUUAUUUAUAAUCUGCAACUAUAGACCCAAAAAUGUGUUACGUGUGUUGACCGUUUAUAUUGAAAAUGAUUAUAUAUAUUGGACAAUCGCCAUUAUAAUGUCAUUCAGUUCCGGUUAUCUAAGUUCCCUUGGUAUGAUGUACACUCCACAAACGGUUGCUCAGAAACAUCAAGUUACUGCUGGCAUGUUUGCAGCAGCCAUGUUGAUCACUGGAAUUUUCACCGGAAUAACAUUCACAAUGGUCUUUCCAAUAAUUGUAGCAAACCUAAGUUUUUAAUAAAAAAAAAACAUCGGCAACAAUAAGAACUGAAACUAACAUCAUGCCGAAAGUACAGGGCAUUAAUACAAGUCAAACCAGAAAAAAAAAAACAAAAGUAGAAAAAAUACAAUCACCAGAUUUUGCUCAAA